UGGCGCCAUGGUGACCUCCGGCGGCCGCAGCCCCCUCGCCAUGAGCAGCGUGCCCCCUCCAGAGGGCAGGGUUCAGGGGUCCAACUUUACCCCACAUCACUACAAGCCCUUCAGUUCACAUGCGCACUACCAACAGGUGAUGCGUGCAUUGCAUAAGCUCAAGGAGAGUGGGUUUUACUGGGGGGCUGUUGGCGGACGAGAGGCCAGCUCCCUGCUGCGCUCCGAACCACCAGGCACCUUCCUGAUCCGAGACUCCUCGGACCACCACCACUUCUUCACCCUGUCAGUCCAGACGGCCCGAGGAACCAAGAACCUGCGAAUCCACAGCGAGGGCGGCGGAUUCUUUUUACAGCCCGAUCCCCAAAACACCCAAGUGCCCCCACAGUUCGACUGCGUGGUGAAACUCAUAGCGCACUACAUGGGGAAAGGGCUGGACGCCGGGCGGAGCAGAGGCGGCGGGGCGUGUGGCGGCAAUUCGGGAGAGGCGGAAAUCAAAGGGCGCAACGUUUAUCUGAUACACAACGGCGGGGAGCGGAUCCCCCUGGAGCUGCGGCGACCCCUCAUAACGUCUCUCUCGUCCUUGCAGCACAUGUGCAGGAGGACCUUGAACAACCAGGGCCUGGGCCUGGAGCGAGCGGAGCAGCUGCCUCACACACUUCGAGACUUUCUGGAGGAGUACGAUGCUCCUAUAUGACUGACAGGAACUGCACAAGCUCCCACCACAGGGACCAGCAGCCCGGGUCUUGGUGCUCCAUCAGAGACUGACCAGAAUUAGCCUUAGAUGCCAAUGUGAGGUUAGUUUUUUUUCCCCGUAGAAUCAGCUGAUCCCCCAUAUCUGUUUCAACACUGACGGAAACCAACGACCUGGGGUCUGGGAUGAGGAGUGCAAUUUGGGUGACCAAUGAUUACCUCGUCCAUCUUGCCUUGCAAAAAAAAACAAAAAACUGGCCGCUAAUGUGAGUGGCAGAUGAAGGCCAAGGUCAAAGGUCGGCGUUUCUUAUGACUGCCUCGGACGCAGAGCAGAGCCUCGCAGAAGAUUAACCCCCGAAAAUGGUCGAUAUUAACGAUGACAGCGGAGUGGCAUGAUCAAUACCGCCGCCGGUGGCCACUCUUCUUCUCCCAUGACAUUCACAACACUCUGGAUCACUGGACUGAGAUAAAGAAAGGAGGCGCAGAACAGAGAGGAGCGGAAAAAGGACGAGUUACAGAGAAAAAAGGCAAAGUUCAAACAAGGGGCUCAAAGUAGAGAACUCACAGUAUUUGUUUGUCUGGGCAUGUGUGUGUGUGUGUGUGUGUGUGUGUGUGUGUUUGUGUGUGUGUUUGUGUGUGUGUGUGUGUGUGUGUUUGUGUGUGUGCGUGUGUUGUGGUUGCGCACACAUUUCCAUUGCUGCUUCCCGCAAAUGUUGCCUCAUUGAGGGGAGUGGGGCAUUCAUGCACGAUAGCUCAACUCACACACACACGCACACACACACAGGUAUUGACAUGUAGGUUUUGUUAGCGUGGGAACAAAGGAUGAAAACCCAUUACAAAGCAUCUUCUCCCUUCUCCUGUUUGUUUCUGGUCUCUCCUCCAUAACCCCCCCCCCCCCCCCUUAAUUUUUUUGUGGGAGUUGCAUGUGCGCUUUUGACAAUGACAGAAAACAGACCGCCGUUGCUGAGACAAAGGCUCGUUACGGAGACAAAAGCCUCGGCACGGGACCAAACCCAACAUCAGAACUUAUUUUUAUCCGGGCUGGCUGGAAAUAUGUCAGCGACACUGUAAAGCUCCUCGGGGAAUCAAGACGGGGGGGGGGGGGGGGGGGGGGGAUUGAGUGAAGGAGGAUUGAGUGAAGGAGAGAGGAGAGCGGGAAAAGGGAUUAGGAAAAGGAAAUUGAGGAGGACAGAGAAGUGGGGAGGGGGAGAAGGGGGAGGAGACAUACUGGUAUACAGCUAAACAAAAACACUGACUGGAUUGAUGUCCCAGACUUAGGGGAAAUGAUACAGCUCAACAGGACGCUGCUCCUGUGUGUGUGUGUGUGUGUGUGUGUGUGUGUGUAUAUAUAUAUAUAUAUAUAUAUAUAUAUAUCCAGGUUUGCCAAGAAGCCCCAUGUGAAAAAGAAAGUUCUGGCUGAGUCUUAACUCUGUUAUCUAGACACUCACUGUAAUUUCUCCUUUACGUCAUUGUCUCUUGUUUUGCUUUUGUGAAAAUGUGUGUGUGUGUGUGUGUGUGUGUGUGUGUGUGUGUGUGUGUGUGUGUGUGUGUGUGUGCGCGCCUGGAGAUCUCAAAUCCCCAUUCAUGAAGGACAACAAUAGAGGAAAUGGAAAUGUUUUUUGUUUAACUCCUGUAACUUUGGAAAAGUCUCUCGCCCCCAAUCUCCCUUCCAAUCGUUCCAAUCGUUACCUCUGAAGCAGGAGUGGGCACUUGGGUUUGUCUGUCUGUAUGUCAAGGGGAACACAAGACUAAAGAAAAAGAAAAAAGGCCUUUUGUAAAACAAAGUGUGAGGGACUCAGAUCUCGAUCAAAAUUGCUGUUUUUCUGUGUUCGACCAGCGCUCGUACCUACCUGUGAUCCAUAUUGGAGCGGUGGCCUUUUUUCUCCACAUCGUCUCGUGUGUUGAUCUCACUGUGGCCACUUGAGACGAGAGCGCUGACGUCCACCGCAGCGAUACACAAUUUUGGUCGGAUCGCCGUCUUAUUUUCUCUCCCAUCGACACCCAAGUUUGCACACGGGUCGCGGCGGCGCGCCGCGCGUGUGUGAAUCAUUUGUCUUUUAUAAAGACUCUCUUGCAAAAGGCUGGCCACUAGUCUGGCAAAAAUACAAGCUGUACUAUCUGAAAUAACAAAGCAUUACAAGGAAAAAAAAAAUAAAUGAAAAGGAACGUUGCACAUAUUUAUAUUUCUAAAAUAUUUCAAUAAUUUAUAUUAAAGAGCACUAUUUUUACAAAAGUC